AUGUCAACGCCAAGUCAACGCCUCUAUCCUUCAUUCCGCAACUCAUCUGAGAGUGAACUCUCACCUUGCUCUCACCCACAACCACCACAGCAACGAUGUGGCAGCCAAGCAAAAGAGGACACACGUCAACUCAAGAUGACCACGUUGACUCAACAUGAUGCACAUCAACUCGGCAUGGCACACGUCAACACUCCAACCUCAAAUCUGACGUCACAUCGUCUAUCGAACGGCCCCCUCUCGAUGUUUGCGCACGGAUCAAGCACGUACUCCAACCAACUACAUCCAUCGCCCACAACCACCACAGCAACAACGUGGCAACACCACAUCACCACACAAAGGGACACUGCCCACAUCGACUCGACACAAGGAUGA